GGAGGUGGGCUGUGUUUGUGGAGAAAAAGGAGGUGGCCUGGCUUUUAUGCAGAUUCUAUUUGAGUCCAUUUAGAAAACACAAAACUGGAUUCAAAGAGAACGAGUUCCUGCACUUAACUUUUAGGGUUAAUGUAAUUCGGUGCUAUUUUAAUAGGAAAGGCGCUGAACAGGGUGCACGCUGAAAAUGAUGUGAAGAAACCAGGUGUUUUAAAAUCACAGGACCCUCUCUGGAGCUAAUUCUUACAGGAUAAGAACUAUCGCUUCAGCUGUUUGGUCAAAAUAAAUAGCACGUUGGAUGUCUGAAUAAAGACAGGGAGAAAGAGGGGAUCAAGACUAUUCAAAGAUGCUGAAGAAGUGGUCAGCUGCAAUUAUAUGUAACUGUGUCUCCGCCGUGCUGGUGUUGACUGUGCUGCCCAGGUGUGUGAUACCUGCUCAGGCAGACAACUCUCCCAACAAGGACGGACCUGCCGUUCAAAUUCCUGCUUUGUUAAACGUUACCCUCUUGGAUUCCAACGGGAACGCACCUAAACUUCUCUGGAGAAUUGAGGGGCAAUACGGCCAAGAUUCCCCCAAGACCGAAGCUAAAGGAACGAUAAUAGCACCAGUACCCAUUAAUGGAGUUGCAGACCGUCUGGGUUGUGACCGUCAGACUCGCUUCCUUGUUCCUCCCAAUACCAAGCACUGGGUUGCACUGCUGCAUAGAGGAAACUGUACCUUCAAGGAGAAGAUCAUGAGAGCAGCCGCCUUCAACGCCUCUGCUGUCGUCAUCUACAACAACAUGUCCAAGGAAGAGACCAUCACCAUGGCACACACAGGUACCGGGGACAUUGUGGUGGUGAUGAUCACAGAGUCUAAAGGCAAGGAGCUCCUGAGCUACAUCGAGAACCACCUAACAGUGAUGGUAUCCAUCAUGGUGGGGACACGCAGCAUGAUGAAGAACAUCAACCGAGGAUCGCUGGUCUUUGUCUCCAUCUCUUUCAUCGUGCUCAUGAUCAUCUCCUCCGCCUGGCUCAUAUUCUACUUCAUCCAGAAGAUCCGCUAUUCCAACGCUCGUGACAGGAGCCAGCGCCGGCUUGGAGAUGCAGCUAAAAAAGCCAUUAGCAAGCUUUCCACUCGGACUGUGAAGAAGGGUGACAAGGAAACAGACCCAGACUUUAACCACUGUGCAGUUUGCAUUGAAGGAUACAAACUAAAUGAUGUGGUCCGCAUUCUACCUUGCAAGCAUAUCUUCCAUAAAAUGUGUGUGGACCCCUGGCUGAACGAACACUGUACCUGCCCCAUGUGCAAGCUCAACAUUCUUAAGGCCCUCGGGAUUAUGCCAAACUUACCCUGUGUGGACAAUGUUGCCUUUGACAUGGACAUGAUAUCCAGAAGUCAGACGUCCAGUCAGAGAUCAAUUCUAGGAGAUUCGACCAAUGAAAACUCAAUCAGCCUCGAGCCCCUGAGACAUUCUGGGACGUCCCAGAGCCCUUUGGAGGCUGAGCUGACGCCUCGCUCUGGAGAGAUUAACAUCGCCGUCACCAGUGGUCAUUUCUUCAGCCGUAGCUCCCUGUCCCCUCGAAACUUGGUCUGUGAGAUUGAGCUUCCAGACAUCCAGCCUUCUCUGGACCUUUACGACGAUAAUAAGUCCUGAGAUUACCUCCUGUCUGCCUCUCUGGCUUUCCCCCCUCAGAUGCACAACGAAAAAAAUAGAAGAAAAGAAAUACAGCACAACGACAAACUAUGGGAAUACAUUCCCCGCGCUGUGAGGCAUAUCUACAACAUCUGUUCUUACAGAAUGUGCCCUAACAAUCCUGAAGAAGAAGAGGUUUCCUUUUAGGAUGUUAUUUUGUUUCCGUGUACAUGUACAUACUUGAUUUAUUUUGAAUUGAAUGUUAUUUUUCAUUAUUAUUACUAUUUGUGUGGAAUGACUGGAUGGUUUUUGCUUUUGUUAAGAGUGCUCUACAGUCAAUUAUUUUUUAUGCAGAAAAUUGUAACGAGAGGCAAACAUUUGACCAAAUCAAUACUCUUUCCUAAAUUUGACUGAUUACCUAAUAUCCCUGUGUUUGAGUGGAUUUAAGUAGCCCAUGUGCAUCUGAAAUAUUAUUAGCUAACCAUUUUUGUUUCUCUUCCAAAAAAAACUCCUAUUCCUAUCUGGUCAGAGCUGUCGCAGCAGACAAUUCCAGGGAGACUGACCUGUUGGAUCAUCUUGACCUUAUUUUGGGUAUCCCAAUACUGAGCCUAGAAUACCCAGCAUUAGAGCGUGGAUAAAUCUUGUGGUAACUGAUAAAUCUCCAUACACAACUUGCUUCCUGUCCACUCUGUCGUCUUGUUGUUUUUCUUCCUUACCUGAAAGCUCUUUAAUGGUCUCUCUGCAGUGUUGUUUGGUGUGUGAGAGAUCAUCUAUAAAAGACAGUUACAGGUAGUUGUUAGGUUGUUGGAUGGAAGGUCUCAAAAAGGAAAAGGUUUUUCAAGAUUUAGUGCCAUUGUGUUGUACCUGACUGGGCUCAACCUGGCAAAAUGUUAUUUUGUGAAAGCAGCAUAGCUUAAGUGUCCUAAGACACCACAAGCAACUAAAAGGGUUAUGAUAAGGGUGCAGACUGAUAUUGUAAUUUCUUAGUUAUUUUGUAUUUUAUUAAAGUUUUUCAAAGAUCAGCCCUCCCUUAAUCAACUGGCAUUCUCUACUAUUUUGAUGGGGUGUGGAUUUAAUUGAGAUGUCACAACUACAGUGAGUGAGGGGGGAUUUAUUGAACACCUAAUUAAACUCAAUACAAAAGGACUGCUAUUGCUUCAUCGGCAAUUAAAAAGUAUGGAGAUUCUGAAGAAGAAACGCAUUUGGAAUUUUAAAUGCCCUCUCUUUGUUUGUUGCCAAUGCAAACACAACUGUAUAAAUUAUGCUGCAAAACUAGAGAUAUUAACUAGAGAUAUUAAUCAAAAUGCAUAUACUGAAUCAAUCAUUAUAAUUUAUAAUUGAUAUGACUAACCCAUUAAACAUGAAUGGCUCACUGCUGGAAGCAGCUGCUGCUCAGGGACAGUCUUAGGUUCAGAGCAGUAGUUCACAAAGCCAUAUAGCCUGGGCCAUUUAUUUGAAAGAAACUGGAGCUAGCAAAUGUUGGGAUCCAAAGCAAAACAACCUGUCCCCUAAACAAGAUAUGAUUCUACUGUAACACAGUUGAGGAAAAGCUCAAUAUGACAGCUUUUCAGUAUAAUGCAGUACUAUGAAUUCACAGUUGACCAAGGCAGUGACGAAGUCUGGUAAUUUCAUUGGUGGUUGAGACACUAUCCACUGCAGUAUUUUUUCAAAAGUGAAAACCUGGUUUGGAGGACGCAGGGUUGAUUAACCAACUUAAUUUCCAUCCUGCCAAAUCUGGGGGUUACAACUUUAUAACCAUGAAUGGGAUUUCUUAUUGCAUAUUUUACUCAUUUUAAUAGUUACUUAGACCAAGUUAAGUGUUUGGAAUGCUUAUAAACAUAUCCACAGGAUGUAAAGGUUUUGUUUAGUUUUUUGUCUCACUCCAAAUGAGUUUCUCUUGAACUUGAUUACUCUGUACCGCAAUCAGUUCUACAAACGUUCCACAGCACCCAAGGCCAUGCAGAUGUGCACAAUAGAGUUGUACUGUUGUGUUGUUUAAAAUAACCUGGUACUUUAUUCAUGUAAUGGCCGCUUGUUAUGUUUUGCUUGAGGCUUUUGGUUCAAUAUCUGUGUUUCACUGUGUGCCUUUAAAUCUCUCUCUCUCUCUCUCUCUCUCUUUCUGUCUGUGUUUUGCAGUAUACAAACUAGAGAUUAAACUUUUCAAAAACAAGGAGAGUUGCAUUGUGUUUCACUUUAUUAUUUUAACAUGUGGUAUGUUUGUGAAACAAGUAGGCAUCUCUUAGUUUUACAUAUGUGUACAGUCAGUGUGUUUGUAUGUAGGGUAGGUUUGUAUGUAGGUAUAUACAAUAAAUACAGUAGUUAAUAUGUUUGCAGAUCCACUCCUACUGUAUGUGUUAUCUGAGCUUUUAUAUUCAAACACACUCAGUUUAGUUUGUUCAAUUCGUCCUUCAUCACUCACUCUGUUAACAGCUAAUAAAAUGAAUGCAAAAGACAAAACUCACAAUGCAAAUGUUUUUCUGUGUUAAAAUGUUCAAUACUGCACAACAAGCGGAAUUCAAAAAUUGCAAGUUGCGGAUUGAACAGACAUUUUGAUUGACAAGUGAUUCAAAGAAAAACAAGGGAGUUUGGGAAAACCUGACAAAUGGGUCUGGUUGUGUGAAAACAUUCGACCACCAUGUGGCAGUAUGAGUGAACGUUUGUAACAUUUAACUACUGAGUGGCGCCAAAAUGUCAUUAGAAUAGAAGGUUAAUGUAGGAAGAUGUUUUACCCUGAUUUUUGCAUAUCCAUAAAGGAGCUGGAGAACUACUGUACGGUACAUGUUACUUCUCUUUUAGGGUUCUGUACAUAAUCAUUUUCCAAAUUACUGUAAUUUGCUUCCUUCAUUCUGAAAGAGACCAUUGAAGCCCAUGUCCUCACAGUCUUACUCUUCUGUUCAGAGUUUAUUUAAACUCCCUUUGCUUUUUUCCAAAGCCAACAAGCUAAAGCUUAAAUCUGUAAUGCUACCUGCAACCUUUGUAAAAAAAUGUUAAAUACCAAUAUACAUUGAAACUUUUUGUGUACCUAUUGAAUAUGUGUUGAAGGGGUACAGUAAUAUUCGUUACUGUAUGUACAGGUGGGUGGGGGGAUUUUUGUGACAAUAAUGAAAGCAGUGUUUCUCCAUAGUUUUCCAUGAAGAGGUGAUUGAGUUAAGCACUGUAAGAGACACGAUAAGGCAACACACUCUCUCCCCCACUGCCCCACAAAAAUGUAUGCCCAUUUCUCACCAAUCUGGAAAGUGUCAGCUGCAGGGGAGAAAUAAGACUGUUGCCCCCUGGACUUGUGCCAUACUGUACUGGCAGCCAAAGAGAUGGGGAAGACUUGCCUCCGUAAACAAAUUCAGAACUGUAAAGCUAGAUUUCUGGACAGUUGUAUUGACAAUCAAAGCUAAAACCAAUGUAAAACUUACAGUAUACAAUGUAAGGAUAGCAAACAAUGAUAACUAUGUACACUGAAUAUUUUGAUGUGUACAGUAAACUGUUGUAAUUAAGUGUUAUCUGCCAAUAUUAUGUUAAUAUUACUGUAUUCCUACAAGGUAACAUUUACUUAUGUAACAUAUUUCAAAUAAAAGUUAAU